CAAUAUCGGCUCCGGCGGCAGGGGGCGCUGUGUGGCUGUGUCCCCUUCCGCCAUUUUAAGCGCCUUCUUCCGCCGAAGUGACGGAAGCUGGUUUCCUUCUGUUACUUCCGCAGCCGCCCGUGCGGUUCUCUGGGGCGCCUUCCGAUGGCUGAGGUUUUAGCAGGAACAAGGAACUCAUGACUAUCCAGAUGGUGAAGUGUUAUUUCCAUCAUCCAUUACAAUACUGAGUGAAAACUAUCUAUGAAAAGCCAUAAUAAUUCUUUCAUCAGUUAAUUUCUGCUUCCCACAGGUCCCUUGAACAGCCUGGAGAAAAAAAUAAUCACAUGCUUAAUACAUGCCAGCAGGAUUCUGGCUAUACAGUUCUGGAGAUGAUAUAGUUGUAUACCAUCUACAUUUUUUUCUCCCUGUCGCAUCUCUGAAGAGGAAAUGCAGCCAGCUUUAAUGCAGGCUAUCCUCUGGCACCUUACAAAUUACUAUGAGUUUGCUACAUAGCAACACUAGCUUUGAAUCGAAUAGUCAAGAGAGUGGCUGCUGUGCAGCCAUGGCCAGUGCUUGCAGCGCUGUAGCCAAAGAAGAAAGCCUCAAUGCCAGUGAUAGCAAUGGCACUGGUGGAACACUUUCGGAUUCUUUCACAGAGGAAACACAAGGCUAUGAUGUGGAGUUUGAUCCACCACUGGAGAGUAAAUAUGAAUGUCCUAUCUGUUUAAUGGCACUGCGGGAAGCAGUGCAAACGCGAUGUGGACAUCGUUUCUGCAAGGCAUGCAUUGUAAAAUCUAUAAGAGAUGCUGGUCAUAAAUGUCCAAUAGAUAAUGAAAUGUUACUAGAAAAUCAACUUUUUCCUGACAACUUUGCAAAACGGGAAAUCCUUUCACUGACAGUGAAAUGUCCUAAUAAGGGCUGUAACCAGAAGAUGGAAUUAAGGCAUUUAGAGGAUCAUGAGCUACACUGUGGUUUUGCAUCCGAAAAGUGUCCACAGUGCCAAGGCAUUUUCCAGAAGAAUCAGCUACAUGAUCACAUAAAGCUAGAAUGUCCACGGCGGCAAGUCUCCUGCCCAAACUGUGCAUUAUUUAUGCCUUAUGAAGAAAAAGAGGUUCAUGAUGGGGUGUGCCUUUUGGCAAAUGUCUCCUGUGAGUACUGUAACACAGUGCUAAUCAGAGAACAGUUGCCUAAUCACUAUGAUAAUGAUUGUCCUACUGCUCCAGUACCAUGUACCUAUAGUGAUUUUGGAUGUCCAGAAAAAAUGCAGAGAAAUGAGUUGGCACGCCAUUGGCAAGAGUUCACUCAGGUUCACAUGAGGAUGAUGGCCCAGAGUCUCCGGAAUGUCAGUGUUAGUAAUCCAGCUUCUGUAAAUUUCCACGGAGGUUUAUCCUUUGACCCAUCCCUCUUCUCUCAAGCAAUGCCAACAUCAUGUGAAUGUAGCCCUGAAGUCCAGACCUUCAAGGAGACCAUUCAGCAGCUGGAAGGUCGCUUGGUGAGACAGGAUCACCAAAUCCGAGAACUCAUUGCAAAGAUGGAGACACAAAACUCUCAAAUGGGGGAUCUCAAACGUACAAUCAGAAAUCUAGAGGAGAAAAUCACUGAAAUGGAAGCACAGCAGUGUAAUGGUAUUUUCAUAUGGAAGAUUGAGCAUUUCAGUGUCUAUCUGAAAGCCCAAGAAGAAGAAAGACCUGUUGUGAUACACAGCCCAGGUUUCUAUACAGGGAAACCUGGCUACAAACUUUGUAUGCGUUUGCACAUCCAGCUGCCAAAUACUCCAAGGUGUGCCAACUAUAUUUCCCUUUUUGUUCAUAUUAUGCAAGGAGAAUAUGACAGUCAUCUAUCCUGGCCGUUCCAAGGUACCAUACGCCUUUCUAUUCUGGAUCAGUCAGAAGGAUCUUCAAGGCACAACCAUGAAGAAGUAAUGGAUACCAAGCCUGAGCUGCUAGCUUUCCAACGUCCAACAACUCAUCGCAACCCAAAAGGCUUUGGAUAUGUGACUUUUAUGCAGUUGCAAACUCUAAAACAAAGGACAUAUAUAAAAGACGAUACCCUUUUGGUACGCUGUGAAGUGUUAACACGCUUAGACUUAACAAGUCCCCGAAGAGAAGGUUUUCAGCCUCGUAGCACAGAUGGGACAGUGUAGUCCAACUCGCCUUCAGUCUUGAGCUAUUUUUGUUUAUUUGUGAGAAUGUCUGCAAAAGAUUAAAGGUUCUAUGAGAAUGGCAGAUCAUUGAAGUGGAAAUAAAACUGCUAUUUGGAGAAGUCAUUGUGUUUUGCAAGGAAAGGAAAGUGUUUCCUCUUUAUCUUUGAGCAUAUAAAAGAAUGGCUGUGUUGAUCAUAAUAAGUAAGUUAAGUAACUGCUGUGGUAUGGGAAGUUCAAAAUUAUGCAUUAAAGGAGUUCUAUUUCUAUUACAGUGGGAGAUGGGUCAGAUUCUACUUUUAUUUCCUUGUAGCAACAUGUUCCUGUUUAGUGGUGUUUAGUGCCUUUAAUCAUGGUAUCUCAGAAUCUGAUUAAGAUUUGAAUGAGAAUAGUCUGCCUAAUAAGCCUUGAGAAUUUAGCACAACUGUAACAAUGCUCCUUACAGGCCAGGACAAGAAGUUCAGUGUUUCCAUUUGCCAUUCAUCUUUUUGAAAAUCCAGAAUGAGUCAGGGCUUUACAAUGGGAGGGGCUAGACAUCUUUGACACCUCUAACAGCAAAUAGAGUUCUGACAUAUUGGUCUGGUUAACUCACACUUUAUCCCAGUAAUCUCCUUAACAACAGCAACAAUAAUAAAGUAUUCAGAUAUCUUUAUCUUCACCCAGUUGCCUUUCCACUUUUGCUUGUGCUGUUCAAUCAUAUGCCUGGUCCAGUUGCAUUUUUGUAUUUGUACCAAUGAUUUUUAGUAAUGUGAGAUAAAUGUACUGAUGUCGAGCCUAUCUCAUUUUGUAUAUGGUAUUAUAAUUUUAAUUAGAGACCAGGGACAAAUUUAAUUCUAACUUGGAACACUUGAUUUUUCCUUAGCUGAGUCUUGACAGCUACUUGUACUUGUUAUUUAGAGUCUUCUCUCCGAGAUUAUCUUUCAGUUCUCCAUGCAUGCUGCCCAGAGCCAAAAUCUAGUUAGGAUCAGCAAUGUUACAUUUGAGCCAUACAUGUCUUAAAGAUCUAGUAUAAGAACCUCUUGUUCUGCCUAUAAUUCUGAACUAUGCACAGUUAUCAAUUUGGGUGCUUCACUGAUGCACAGUUUCCUCAUGGGUGCCUGUGCAUCCUACCCAAGGUCUAGUCUUGCUUAAAGAAAGCUCUGAUCAUUGAUGCUGACAGAAUAAUGUAUAGGUUACUGUUUUGACCUCUGCAUUAGCUAUAUGACUUCAACAAAAAAGAAGUUGAAUGAUAAUUGAGGGAUAGCAUUUUGACAGUCAGCUAGGAAAGAAAAAAAAAGCCUUACUCAUAAUUAGUGACAAAGCCCAACAAAGCCAACAGAAUGGAGAUACCUGUCAAGAGCCCAAAGUCCAUACAAUGCUGCAUAUGAAUACUGUGUUGUGAUAAAUAAUAAUAAAUAAAUAAAAGCUUUAUUUUUACCCCGCCUCUCUGUAAGAAGACAAUUGAGGCGGCUUUCAAUUAAAAUACUUUUUAUAUUCUG